AUGGCUGACCCCAACCCUCUGCAGUCUCUUGAGAUCUGUACUAAGUGGGAAAAAUGGCCGGAAGACCGACCCAAAGAGGACGUCUACAAGCUAUUGAUCGACGCCUACCGCUUGCGCAUCAAUGAUGACCUCAAGUUCCGCAACAUCCAGCACGCGGAUCCCAUCUAUGAAGACGCCCCCAACGAGGACACGAUCCAUGCUGAGACUAGCUUUGGGGGAACCCCCAAUCUUUUCCUUUUUCUCCAAAUGGCCGACCUGGUAGGUCUGAUGCCAACAUGGUGGGAUGCAAGCGAGACCGCUUCUUGCAUUGACCGCGCCAAGUAUCUCACCUGGAGCAACAUUGCGACCCAGGUCACAGCUGACGAUGUCAAGGAGUAUGAUGGGGAUAAUUCCAUGGUCCUGCGGUUGCGCAUCUUCGCCGAUCAGGUCAUCGACAUGCCGCCUAUGGGAUUUGACCUUAUGAAGCUGCUGGAUGUGGAAGUUAUGCUGGAGAAAUCGCACGAGUUCCUCAACUACAUCCAUCAACCAAUGGAUAGCGACACCGAGGUGGAAGCCUCCGACGAAGAUGAUGGCAACCCAGAAGUCGCCUUGGGUUAG